AUGUCCACCACAGAGAAAUCUCAGGCGCCUCCCCUGGCACCAGGGAUGGACUCUUCCACAGAGAAGGUCCACAGGGAGGUUGACUCAACCGUCAGCGCCGCUGAUGAUGCCUCGUCCGAGAUCAAUUUGUAUUCCCUCCACGAGUUGCAUGCUGGUCGUCUUAUCAUCGACCCUGCAGAGGCGAAGAUCGAGCUCGGCGGAGCCGUCGCGGGGCGUUUGAAGCUCACCACGGACGGCACGAAAAUUCUCUGGCCUCAGCCCGCGGACUCAGACCGAGACCCACAGAACUGGAGCGAUAGGCGCAAGAACUUGCAGCUCUUCAUCAUCACCCUCGCCGCCAUCGUACCCGACUUCGACUCAGGAAUCGGUAUUGCGGCCAUUUUUGCUCUCGCAAGACAGUACGACACUACGCCCGGUGUGAUCAACAACCUGACCUCAAACUGGAGCAUCUUCCUUCUAGGCUGGGGUGGUCUCUUCGCGGUGAUGCUGAUGAGGCGACUUGGUCGGCUGCCUGUUUUGUUCUGGACUCAACUGCUCUCUCUUGGUUUUCUUGUCGGAUGCACCUUUGCUCCAAAUUUGAAUACUUUCACUGCUAUGCGGUGCUUGACUGCUUUUUUCGGCACUGCACCACAAGUUACCGGUCUCUAUGUCGUUACAGAUAUGUACCCAUUCCACCUCCAAGCCAGGAAGCUGAAUAUCUGGACGAUGGGCUUCAUUGUCUCGCCGUUCUUGUCGCCUUUCGCCUUCGGCUUCCUUGUUGCUCGAGCUAGUUGGAGGUGGGCUUACGGCAUCGGCUCAAUUUACUCUGCAAUAGUAGUAUUGUUGAUUAUGUUUUACGGGGAAGAAACUAUUUAUGAUCGGACCGUUAAGCCUAUCCCAGAACCAGCUACGACAGGCCUCAGAUAUAGGAUCGAGACGCUCAUUGGGAUAACCGGAGUGAGAAUGCAAAAGUAUCGUGUAUCUUGGACGGAGUCCGUCUGGAGCCCCAUCUACUUAGUAUGGCGACCACAUUUGUUCAUGGUUUUACUAUUUGAGGCUAUGGUUUUCGGUUUCUCGAUCGGGAUCAACGUUACCAACGCCGUUUUUCUCGAACUACCUAUUAGCAUGGGUGGUUAUCAAUUCAGUCAAUUCGCGAUUGCAGGAGGAUAUGCCACUCCCAUUGUAUCAGUCCUCAUCGGAGAGCUCGUCGGCCGGUACGCUAAUGAUUUUAUCAUGAACGUCAGCAUUCGACGGAAUAAGGGCGUGUUCGAGGCCGAAAGUCGCCUCUGGGCCUGUUACAUCGCGAUGCCACUUUACAUUUGCGGCUUCGUGACUCUGGGGGCUGCCUUCCAGAAACACCUUAGCGUCGGUGCUCUGAUCAUGGGUUGGGGCAUCGCAGAACUAGCCGUUAUGAUUAAUACGGUCGCAAUUUACGCGUACUGCAACGACGCGUUCCCCAAACACCAGGGAGAAAUUAGUGCUUUGAUCAACCUCGCACGAACACUGGGGGGCUUCAGCGUGGCUUAUUUCCAAGUUCCCUGGGCGACUAAGAACGGCGCUAUUCAAACUUUCGGCUGCGAGGCGGCGUGA